CCGGCUGAGCGGUUAUACAGGGACCUAUCGAUUAUAUAAAACGGAUAUGUUUACAAAUAUAAGAAGUGGUCAGACUGGGUUUUAGUUAGAGUUAGUCUUUUACAGCUGUAAUAAGUGACAUUAAUAAUUGAAGAACACUAAUGAUGGAAAUAUUUCCACACAAUGAAAAUCAUGACUUUGAUUUGGAAUUAGUGCUACAGGCAUUGAAGAGAUGCCCGGCUGGAGGUGGGGAUAUUGAUUUGCGGGAAUAUCUUGUGGCUUACAACGAAUUGUGCAGAUUUUUCAAAAUGACUGGGCGGUUGUUCGGAUUCGUUGCCAAAGAUUUGGAGCAUAAGAUUUCAGCCAUCGAACGCAAACAGAAUUCAGACGAAGGACAGCAUUAUACCACCGCCGAGAAAAUGAUUCAGUUUGAAAUAAAUAGUCCUUCAUUAGUACACAAAGGUCAAAACAAACGAAGUCAUUCAGGAACAAGAACUUUAUUAAGACUCCAUUGGGCUUUAGAAUUUAUUCUUGAAUUCAUGUCAAGGAUGAGUAAGUGCUCAGAUCACGAGAGAACUUCUAAAAUAGCUACUGAAGUGUAUGAGCAAACAUUAUCCAAAUAUCAUCCUUGGCUUACAAGGAAAAUGGCGGCCAUUGCUGUGUACUUGUUACCCUCUCGGAAGGAUCUGAUUCACGUGAUGUGUAAACAAGAUUACCAAACUGUUUUGCAACUUUUGGACAAAGUAGUUGACGCUGGAAAACGUGUUUAUGAUUUAAUAGAAAACAUAUACCGUGAUCAUAAUCUUCACAAUAUUCCGUAGUGGGUGUGUCUGAAUGCUUUGAAAAAAUGCGAUUGUGUGUUUUUGUACAUUGUCUUGACCAGUUGUAAAUGUUACGAUAUUUUCAUAAGAAACAUACAGCCAGUGUUCAAUCCUUUUUAAUAUUCAUAACGUGUAUGCUGUAACAGUAAUUAACACUAUUGGUUUAAUUGCACGCAUAAAAAUAAAAUUGUAUGUCACAAUGUGGAACGUUAACAAAAGGUUGUAUUUUGAGAAGUUCUUGAUCAGUGCGUUUAAAAUAUACUUCUUUUGUUAAAUAAUAUUAUGUGAUGUAGUGUAUUCAGACAUCCAUGUUUAGACAUGUAUGGCAAAUAAUUGUGAUUUAAAUCUUAUGUCUUCGUCUAAAAUCUCGACUACAUUAACAAGUUACGUGUGCCAUACUGACUCGCACAAGGAUUUGUCAAGGACAAUGCCGUUUCAUAAGCAAUCAGGGCGUGUUAACCUUACUACGAUCGUUGUAAAAACUUUUGGUAUGAAUUAGUAUUCUCUGGCAAGUACAUUCUAGUAAACGUGGAAAACAAGUCGUAUAGAAAUUACAAUGUAGUCUACAUUUUACAUCUUGUAGUUAUGCGGGAAGACUAGUAAUUGAAGCCAUUACUGAAGUAGAUAAUGAUAUAUAUUUUUUCUUUGUAAAAGCUCACCAGAUGUUCAUUCAGUUUUGAUGAAAUGGCAUUUGAGAAUACGAUUUUCUUUUUUCACAAGGAUGUUCUACCAGACGAAUUAGAACUGAAACAAUUUGACGGCCAAACUCGUCGCAAAACUGAUAUCGACAUCAGAAUUAUUACACACUCGUCAUAUAACCGUGACACCUCAAUUUUGUUUUAAUAUGCUCAUUUAAGAAAAGAUAUGUUGAAAUAAUACUCACUUUAUUCUUUAUCAUGUCUCAUCUUUGUACAUCAAUAUAUAACUUACGUCAUAAAUCUUAAAGUACAAUGUGCCAUGUCUUUCAUACGUUUCAAAAUAAGCUUAGUGCUUGCUACUCAAUCCCUUAUUCUCUUGUUUGAAAUAAUAUGGCCACAAAUGUAAAUAUGUUAAUAAAAUAUUGUUUAAACCAAUGUCGUUUAUAUAUGAAUU